AUGCAUGCACUACUGUCGCGCUCGCCUCUCCAGACUCUGAGCAUGGCGUCGACGCAGCGGCCGACGCGCCGGCGGAGCGCGAGGCACGCUUUCGAGGACGAGAGCGAUGCGCCUGCUAUCAAGCGGACGCGGACGGAGGCGAACGGGAACGGGAGGGCCGGCGGCAGCAAGGCGGCGCCGAAGAAGACGACGACGACGACGACGUAUGAGGAGGCGGACGACAGUUUCGUGUUCUCGCGCGGCGCGAAGUCGAAGAGGGCGGCGGGGAAGGCGAGGGCGAAGGUAGAGGAGCCGGUUCCUGCGUCGACGACCGCGGAAGCAGAGCCGGUGGGCGAGAAGGCGGUGCCGCUGAGGAGGAGGAAGAAUGAGCCCGCGGCGGUGGCGGCGCGUGAGGAGCACAGAGAGGAGCAGGCGGUUAAGAGACGGAGGUCGGCGAGGCUGUCGGGGGAUAAGGAGGAUGUUGGACAGCCGCAGCCGCAGCCGCAGCCGCAACUGCAACACCAGCCUGAGCCGGUACGGGCGCCGAAACGCGUGAAGAAAGCUGCGGUGCCGGCGGAGAGGAAGAAGACGCCGGGUGGGGAUGAGGACCGCAUGGAGCUUGUUGGGAGACGGACGCCGGUGGCCAAUGACUUGCAUGUCGAGAAAAGACGCGAUGGGGGCGUGACGAAGAUUGCGUUGCCAUUUGCGGAUACCCCGAUUAUUCGACGGAAUAAGGAGAUGCGGAAGGAGAGUGGCUCAGGGCAUCGGAGAAGCAGUACGGGCUUGCGUGGGCGGAGGGCGAGCUCGCUCAUUGAGAGUGGGCAAUCGAAUGCUGUACCACACGCGCAAGUCGAUCCACGGGACUUCUACAAGCACAUCGAACAGAGUCUCCCCGAGCCCAGGCGGAUGAAGCAGCUGUUGACUUGGUGCGGGGCAAGAGCAUUACCGGAGAAGCCGUCGGGCGAUGUCAAGGAUACGAAUGCUAUCAUGGCUGCACGUGCAAUUCAACAGGAGCUCCUCGAUGACUUUGCGAAUAAGCCGGAGCUGUCAAAUUGGUUCAGCAGGGAAGACACAACACCCGUAUCAAUCGUUAAGAAACCCAAUCCAACGAACAUCAAAAUGGCAGCAGUACUAGAGGAAUUAGAAGAGGAGCUGAAAAGACUCGAAGAGGAAAAAGCCGCCUGGGACGCCCUCACAACUGCGUCCCUCUUACAACUUUCUACCUCCUCCCCCGCCAUGCCACCACCCCCCCUCCCCUCCAAAUCCCCCCGAAGGCCAAAACUCCAACCACCACAACCCCCCGCAGCGCCCCAAAUCGACUCCUCCCUCCUCGACCCCUCUCAAGCCGCAAUCCUCGCCGCGCUACACCCCAGCUCCUCAUCCAAUACCUCUACAUCUCCAAAUACGAACCCCACCCAGACACCAACACCACCAACCUCCGACUUCACCUUCACCACCUCCACCGCUCUCCAAACCCGCCUCGCCCACAUCUCGCGCUCCCUCGAGCCGACAAUCGACACCUUCGCCGACGGCGUGCACAAGAUCGAGCAGUACCGCCUCGCGGCCGAGCACGUCGCGGACCGCGUGCUGGGCGGCGCGGCGAAAGCGCUUGAGGAGCGCGAUAGGGAAGCGAAGGAGCGCGCGGGGACGAGCGGCGUGGGGGUGCUGGAUGUGUUGAGUGCGUUAGGGGCGGUUUUGGGGGGAAGGUGAUGAGGAGUGUUAGAAAAGGGGAUGGAUGGAUUGGGUGGUAUUUGUGUUUUUAGGCAGUGUGGAGAUUGUAUGAAUCUUUGAAGCGUGGUGCAACGUGUGGCGCGUGUGGGUGUGUGUAUCUGAUUGUCUGAUGUUAUGAGAGAUGAGCUUGGUGGUGUUUUGGAUUAUUGAUGCUGGGAUGGCGGCGGGGGGGGAGGGCUUUUCUUUUGUGUUUUGGAGAUGUGGGAAGCAUUGGAGGCGUUUCUGGUGCGGAUGGGUU